CCUGACAUCAUCAACAAUCGCCAAUACAGCAUGGCGACCCUGCUGUCAAGUGAGACAGGAUGCUAACAGAUUUACUGUGUUUUGAGAACAUUUAGAGUGAUGUUUAAAGGACCAGAGUACACUAAACUGGUUUCAUUUCCAUGGUUUGACUGCUCUCUAGCGGUUUUAUUCGUGUCAGCUGACUUUUAACUGAAAGCGAACCAGCUCAACACCAAAAUGCACUCCGUGAAGGUCGGCUGUUUGGCUGCGUCGAGAGCUCUCUCCUUCAGUAGGAUUUACCGUCCGGAGUUUGGUAAAUUAUCGUCUUGCAGUCGGGUCCAUUCCUCUGUUAGUCAAGCUCGCUUUUGUCAAACAGCAGCCACGGCAGCAGAGACCGCAGUCAUCAGAAUCCCUCGCUACAUGCAGAAGCGCGUCGACGAUGUGAAGCAGACUCGAGGAAAAAACAAGAUCAGCACCGUCAAAGCUGGCAAGCUCCUGAUCCAGAGCAAGAACCCUGAUCUGAACCAGUCUGCCGGGUACAUUCUUGGAAAGUUCGAGCAGCCCGCUCUCUGCUCGAAAGGAUGGAAACAUAACAAAUCGUUCGGUGACUAUUUCACCAUCAACAACAUCAAGACGGUCGCACCUUUUGUUGCAGAAAAUCAGAAGGAGGAUGUCGAACAGAAAACAUCGGUGACUUUUAACAACUUCCGCCUCUGCAAGGAGCUGGUGGAAGUUUUGGCCAGUAUCAACAUUACCCAGCCCACUACUGUACAGCUGCAGACCAUCCCAAAGGUCAUGAAAGGUCAGAACAUUCUCUGUGCUGCAGAGACGGGCAGUGGCAAAACUCUGAGUUACCUCCUGCCUAUUGUUCACAGACUGAAGGCUGAUAAGGAAUCAGAUAUGUACACUGAGAGUGCGGACAAGGUUUGCACUGUCGUCCUUGUGCCUUCCAGAGAGCUAGCUGAGCAAGUGGCGGCUGUUUCCAGGACUCUGUGUGCUCCGUUUGGCUUGCUGACGAGGACUGUGGGCGGGGGGCGAGGUGUAGGACACAUCAAGGUGGUCUUCAAGGGGGAUCAACCGGAUAUUUUAGUGGCUACUCCCGGUGCUCUGGUGAAGGCCCUGCGGAGACGCUGCCUGGACUUGAGUGAGCUGAGCUUCUUCGUGAUAGACGAGGCUGACACUAUGUUCGACCCCAGCUUCUCUGAGAUGCUAGAGAACAUCCUGCUCCAUACAAACAUCGCUAGUGAUCCCAAGGAAACACGAGGCCCGGGACAUAAAGCCCAGCUGCUAGUGGUGGGAGCCACCUUCCCUGGUGGUGUCGGGGAAGUGCUCAGUCAGGUGACAGACCUUGGCAGCAUGGUGGUCAUCAAGAGCAAGAUGCUGCACUUCCUCAUGCCACAUGUCAAGCAGACAUUCCUGAAGGUAAAGGGUGCGGACAAGGUCCUGGAGCUCCACCAAGCCCUGAAGCUGCUCCAACAGGAGAAAGGAGGGGGCGCUGUUGUGGUGUUCUGCAACAAGUCUGCCACCGUCAACUGGCUGGGGUACUCGCUGGAGGAGAUGGGGGUGCAGCACGCGCGUCUGCAAGGGGAGAUGCCCGCUGCCGUGCGUGCGGGAAUCUUCCGCUCCUUCCAGAAGGGCACGGUGGAUGUGUUGAUAUGCACAGACAUUGCUUCACGUGGCCUGGACACCUCCCGAGUGCACUUAGUUGUCAACUAUGACUUCCCAGAAUCCCACACAGACUACAUCCACAGAGCAGGGAGGGUGGGAAGAGCAGGAGGGGUGGAGGACGGGGAGGUGCUCAGCUUUGUCGCUCAUCCGUGGGAUGUGGAGCUGGUGCAGAAGAUUGAGACUGCUGCACGUCGGAGAACGUGUUUGCCAGGGAUGGAAUCUGGUAUACAUGAGCCAAAACCCAAAGUAGUGGAGGCUGAGGAGUAGACGUGCUUUUUGUAUCUUUGCAAUUGGAAACCCCUCUGGUGGGAUAUGCUUCUUUAUGCGUGGUGUACAAACUGUGAAUGUGCGAAAUAUUGUCGGCAAUAUGCAAGAUCUGUUCAAAACAGAAUUACAGUAGAAAAUUAAUUUGAAAGAAUGGAGAAUUGAAUUGCUCAGUUGUGGUUGACCUUACAGGGGUUGGAACCUACACUAAAAUAAGUGCAAAUGUUUUUACCCUACAGUCAUUCAGAUAUUCCCAAUAUGGACCAUUUGUCAAGUCAUUUGCCAAGGUACCUGGAUUAACUUAGCUCUGGUAUAAGUACUUAGUCCUAAUAUUUACAGUGCACUAACAUAAAGACCAUGCUUUGUCCAUCAGUGGGAAUUGCACAGUUUGUGCUUUAUGUCUGAAUAUAAUUAUUUAGUCAACAUUUUUGCCUAUAUUUUCUAAUGUAAAUGUUUGUACAGAUUAAUAUGUUCAGCAAUGCCUUAAUAUGCUUCUAUUACAACAUUUUCAAGUGCGUCAACUUCAAAGUAAAAUCUAAUUGCACAUCCUU